GGCCUUUCCCCAUCAGCAGUCUGUUCAACUGUUGAUUAAUCUUUUUUUAUCUACGACUCACUCUACUCUUUGAGAUACAUCAGUGGAGUUUAUUUCUUCUCUCACGUUACGAUGAAGGCCGAAAUCCAAGACCACACCAAGGCCCUGGAGGUUUUGAAGGAGUACAAGACCCAAGAUGGUCUUGAUGUUGAUACUCUCCUGGACUCCGAUAAGCACGGAGCCCUGACCUACAAUGAUUUCCUCAUCCUUCCGGGCUAUAUCGGCUUUGCCGCCUCUGAGAUCGCUCUUGAUAGUCCCAUUACCAAGCGUAUCACCUUGAAGGCGCCCCUUGUGUCGUCUCCUAUGGACACUGUCACUGAGCACAACAUGGCCAUCCACAUGGCUCUGCUUGGUGGUCUGGGUGUCAUCCACCACAACUGCUCCCCGGAGGACCAGGCCGAGAUGGUCCGGAAGGUGAAGAGAUAUGAGAACGGGUUCAUCUCUGACCCUGUUGUUCUCUCUCCUACCGCCACUGUUGCCGACGCCAAGGAGCUGAAGGCCAAGUGGGGAUUCGGUGGUUUCCCUGUGACUGAGAAUGGCACUCUUCGUUCCAAGCUCAUCGGAAUCAUCACCACCAGAGACAUCCAGUUCCAUCCUAACCCCGAGGACCCCGUCACUGCCGUCAUGGCAACCGACCUUGUCACCGCCCCCGCUGGCACCACCCUCGCCGAGGCUAACGAUGUUCUUCGUAGCUCCAAGAAGGGCAAACUCCCCAUUGUUGACGAGAACGGCAACCUGAUCUCUCUUCUGUCUCGCUCCGACUUGAUGAAGAACCUUCACUACCCUCUGGCCUCGAAGCUCCCCGACUCCAAGCAGCUUAUCUGUGCUGCUUCUAUCGGAACUCGUGACGAGGACAAGCACAGACUCCAGCUGCUCGUCAACGCUGGUCUUGAUAUUGUGAUCCUGGAUAGCAGCCAGGGCAACAGCAUCUACCAGAUCGAGAUGCUGAAGUGGGUCAAGGAGACCUUCCCUAAGCUUGACGUCAUUGCUGGCAAUGUUGUGACCCGUGAACAGGCUGCUUCCCUGAUUGCUGCUGGUGCCGAUGGCCUGAGAAUUGGCAUGGGUAGCGGUAGCGCUUGCAUCACUCAGGAAGUCAUGGCUGUGGGUCGUCCCCAGGCUCUUGCCGUGCGCCGCGUCGCGCAGUUCGCUUCUCGCUUCGGUGUCCCCUGUAUUGCCGAUGGCGGUAUCCAAAACAUUGGCCACAUCGUCAAGGGUCUGGCUAUGGGUGCCUCCACUAUCAUGAUGGGUGGUCUCCUCGCCGGUACCAGCGAGUCUCCUGGCGAGUACUUCGUGAGCAGCGAGGGUCAGCUCGUCAAGGCUUACCGCGGCAUGGGUUCCAUCGCCGCUAUGGAGGAUAAGAAGGCCGGCAAGGGAGGCAAGGACAGCAAGGCCAGCAACGCUGGUACUGCCCGUUACUUCUCGGAGAAGGACCGCGUCCUUGUCGCCCAGGGUGUUGCGGGCUCUGUUCUGGAUCGUGGCUCCAUCACCAAGUUCGUUCCUUACCUCAUCACGGGUGUCCAGCACUCGCUGCAGGAUAUUGGUGUGCGCAGCAUUGAUGCGCUCCACGAGGGCGUUGACAACGGCACUGUCCGCUUCGAGGUCCGCAGCGCCAGCGCUAUGGCUGAGGGUAAUGUCCAUGGCCUGCACAGCUAUGACAAGAAGCUCUACGUUUAAGCGCGCUUCCUUCGUCCUUUUCUUUUCUUUUCUUUUCACGUAUAAAUUUCCGAUUCAUAUGAUGUUACGGACCAUAUCUAAAAAUGAAAAUGGGGGCCUGUGACUAGGCAAGGAGUUUUAUAGUACAGAGUUUGAAUUCAAUGAAGUGGAUAGUUCUAUU